UAUUGGACGGCUCACCGCGAAGUACGCCGGUAGCUGUUGUUGUUGUCUGGGGCAAGCCGGGUGAAGAGGAGGCGGGGCGUUGCUCUGCGUGACGUGUCGCAGGCACGCGGGGUAUACUGGGAGAAAGUACAAAUCUCAUCAACCAGAUCUUUCUACUACUUGAGUACCCUCAAAGGUGGAUUGUGACGAGACUGAUAAAGAACUUUGAGGCAAAUCCAUCAUCACACAGACUCAAUGAGAAGCCAGUUAAAGCGCCUUGCUCUGUUGCAGGCAUUCAAUCGACGAAAUCAUAUCAGACACCUGAGGCAUUCCAGGGGUCAACAUCAAUAUUCACAGCAGCAUUAUGGUACACCAUCUUCAGUUGAUACCAGCACACCUGCUGUUUCUGAUGCUGAAACACCUACAGAUUCUGAACCUCGCUCGCCUGUUCCCUUCGAUGCUGGCACUACUGCAUGCUUUGAUGCUAACUCUCCUACAGUCUCCGAUGCAGGCAUACCUGCAGAAUCUGACCCUGGUUCAGUUGCAGAGACUGGCAUUUGUACCUCUGCAACCGAACCUGUAGCAUUUGACUAUGCAGAUUCUGCCACUGCCACAGACUUGUACAACAACUAUUUUGUUGCAGACUUUGAUAAUGAUCCUUAUGAAACGGGUUCCUAUGGCUACUCUGGGAAUGUUUCUACGUCCUCUGAUUCUGACUCAUACGUAUACACUGAUAAUGAUGCCUGUGGCUAUCCUGAUGAUGACUCCAAUGCAAACGAUGACACUCUCUCCUAUGGCUACUCUGAUGCCAGUACUUAUGUAUACACCAUUGAUUGUGGCUCUGCAUACAGUGAGGCAGGCAAACCUGCUAUCUCUGACUCACUUAUGGAGUCUAACCCUGGCUCACCUGCAGCCUCUGACCCUGGCUCAUAUGCAGCCUACAACAUUGGCUCAUGUGCAGUCAUUGAUUCUGAUAAAUGCGCAACCUCCUUUGCAAGCUCACCUACAGUCUUUGACAUAAGAUCACAUGACAAGUUGCCAAUAGCCUUACAAUCAAGAGCACCGGUAGCUUCAUAUGCUGCAGUCUCUAACCCAAGGUCAAAUAACGAGUUGCCAAUAGACUUACAAUCAAGAGCACCAGUAGCUUCAAAUGCUGCAGUCUCUAACCCAAGGUCAAACAAUAAGAUGCCAUUAGCCUCACAAUCUAGAGCACCAGUAGCUUCAUAUGCUGCAGUCUCUAACCCAAGGUCAAACAACAAGAUGCCGUUAGCCUCACAAUCUAGAGCACCAGCACCCUCCUACGUUGCAGUUUCAGACACAAGAUCACAUGGCAAGUUGCCAAAAGUCUCACAAUCUAGAGCACCAGUAGCUUCAAAUGCUGCAGUCUCUAACCCAAGGUCAAACAACAAGAUGCCAAUAGCUUCACAAUCAAGAGCACCAGUACCUUCAUAUGCUGCAGUCUCUAAUCCAAGGCCAAACAACAAGAUGCCAUUAGCCUCACAAUCUAAAGCACCAGUAGCCUUCUACGUUGCAGUUUCUGACACAAGAUCACAUGCCACGUUACCAUUAGCCUCACAAUCUAGAGCACCAAUAGCUUCACCAGCCAAAGUUUCUUCUAGAAGAUUUAUAGCUUCUAAUGCUGGCUCACCUACAGUUUCCAACAAGGGAUCACUAGUUGGCUUAUCCACCGCCACAAACCCUGCCUCACAAGCUGUUUCACCCGCAGCGUCACUUACCGAAGCACCAGCAGCUUCACUGGCUGAAGUCUCUGCCCUGCCAAGGAUCCAGAAACAACUAGAUGCCAUACAUGCUGAAAUACAUCAGAUGAGGAAAGAAAUAUCCUUCCACUUCAACAAACUCUUCACCCAGUGGCAGUAAUUUUAAAACAAUUUUGUUUUCUCAGAAUCCACAAGAAAAUGUUCCAGUUCUUUGUUUGUAUUCCUAUACAUUUAAAUAAAAAUAUUGCAGUUUU